UAUGAGAUAGAUAAGCCUCCUGAUAAACUUGACUGCAAUAACAAUGAUAUAGAGUCAGUUUCUAGUCUUAGCUAUUCAUAUCUAGAGCAAGACAUCAAUAAUCUUAAGAAUGAUAAGAGCUACAAUACUUAUUCUAAUGAGCUUAGUGAAAAAAAUAAAAAAGAUGAGAUUGAUGAUCCUAUACAAGAAAUUUUUAAGCUUGUUUUCAUUAACGAUUCCUGA